AUGGAUUUAUCUGAUAGUGCAAAAGGCAUAGCUGGGCUACUGCGCACCCCAAGUGGCCAGGCUCAGUCGCUUUAUUCCAAGAUAACUAAUAUUCUCUUUGAUUUUAAGAAAAAGAAAAAUAAAGUGUGUGUCCGCAUCGAAGUUUCGCAGCAUUUGCCAAUAGAAUUUGAAGUUGAUUACUCUUUAUUGGACUUUAAUGAUACUUUUAAACAAAUUUUGAAACAGUCUCAGCUGAAUAAUCUAGAUAUUCAAUCAAUAGAUAAUUUAUUUCAAGUAAAACUUGUAGACUACUUAUUAGUCCAAGCUAUCAAAAAAGGUAUGCAAAAGAUCAACAGUUUAAGCGCCCAAGUCAUUUAUUCACAAGUAAAAGAAGACCAAGAAGACCCUGACAAAGUUGUAAAAGACUGCAUAAAGUACUCAAUGGUCUUAUCCAACCAAAUUCUUCAAGACAUCAAUUCUAAGCAUCAACGAAUCUUAGAAGUCAUGAAAAAAUUUAACAUGGAAGUCUAUGAAAGAGGGCCACUUAUAUCCCGAUCCAUUGAAGAACUAACUGACAAUUUGCAUCGAAAAUUCAUUUUGAUAAUAAACCAAAUCAUCGAGCUGCAAAGGGGGCAUACCAUUGCAGAAUCCCACCUUACCGAACAGGUGAAAGCACUGAUUAAUAGUUUGUAA